AUGGCUACUGUGACUCAAACCGUCACUGAGGCUCCUGCUUCUGUCAGGGUCUUCAGUCCCUUCAAGUUGACGACUGAAAAGAAGGGCGACUGGCUCGACGAACUUGAAACCCAGGGCUAUACGGUGGUCAAAGGAGCUGUCCCUUCUGAUCGCGCCGCCUACUAUCAGAAAAAAGCCAUCGAAUGGCUUCAAACAUUCGAUCCUAACUUGGACACACAGGAUCCUUCGACCUGGAAGCCACAGAAUCUGCCUCUCCAAACGGUGAGAAACACAUAUGAACACUACUCAGUUGUUCAUGAGAAGUUCAUGUGGGAGGCUCGUCAGGAACCUGGUGUGGUCGAAGCCUUUCAGAAAAUCUGGGGGACGGAUGAGCUGCUUGUAUCUUUCGACGCUCUCAAUGUUACUCUUCCCAACCUGAAGAAAGCCCGUGCUCCAUGGCCACACGUCGACCAGGCUCCCCGCAAACGAGGACUGCACUGCAUUCAAGGCAUCAUCAAUCUCAGCCAUGCCGGACCGGAGGAUGGUUCGCUCGUGGUUAUCUCGGGCUCCUCAAAGCUCACCGAAGAGUUCUUCGACAAGCACACCGAUCCUUCCACUUGGGAGUGGAGAGACAAUCGUUACUUCGAUGAGAAAGAUAUGGAGUGGUUCUUUGCCCGUGGUUGCAAGGUUACCAAGGUGCUGGCUGAGCCGGGCGACCUCAUCCUGUGGGAUUCGCGAACAAUCCAUUGGGGAGGCGAGCCUACAGAGAAGAGUCACACCGUCCGUACUGUCAUCUAUGCCGCCUACGCUCCAGCUAGGCUGGCAUCGCAGGAAGCCAUCCUUGAAAAACAGAAAAUAUUCAGUGCCUGGGGUGCCACAACACAUUGGCCGCACGACAAUAUCAAGCUGCGAGACCUACAAGCGUCGUAUCCUGACGGCACGCUCGACUCGCGACAUCGAUCAGAACCCCUCGAGAAGCCCGAGCUCACCGACAAAUUGCUCAAGUUGGCAGGUGUCAAACCAUAUUAA